UCGCAUUUAUCAGAAAAUGUCGAGUGUGUUGAAUUGCCUUAAUAAAAUAUAGAUUAUCGUUACGGUUUUUUUUCUGAAAAAAUAUUAUUUUUAAAGUGCUAGCAACUAUUGCUACUCCCUGGAGGUAGUUUUACUUACGGCAACAUCACUGCAUGCAUAAUUGACUGAGAUAUCAUACGUGAACUUUGCCGUCCCUUGGAUCUUGGAUCGGGCCGGCUUGGUUAUUUGUCUAUAUAAAUGAACCAAAACCAAAUUCAACAACUGACCUUACACCUAUCACAGGCACUUGAUCAAAACUAUGAUGUCGUUAAUAUGGAAGCUGUUCUAUCCGUUAUCUGUGCACUGGAAGGAACUACAAUUACAAAGGAUCAACUGGAGGCCACCAGAUUGGCCAAAUACAUCAAUCAACUGCGCCGCAGGACUAAAAAUGACCAACUGGCACGUCGAGCAAAAUCGCUUUUAAAAAAAUGGCGGGAAAUGGUUGGCAUUCAACAUACUGUCGGUGAUACGCAACCAACGAAACCUAUUGCUGUCAUUAAUAUAACGGAAUCAACCAUAAGUGAUAACAACAAUAUAAGUGCGGGUCAUCCGUACUGUUCAAAUCAGCCUGACUCCACACUACCUAACAUCGAUUUAUCUAAUCCUCCUCAAUUUGAAAACGACACAUUGCAACAGCAAACAAGUUUUUCAAACUUGAUACAGCAUAUAAGUAUUGCCAAUAGUGAAGAAUCCUGCAAGUUAACGAAAAAUCCGCUAAAUUCAAAUCAACAAAAAAUCAACAACAUUAAUCAAUGAACUUUCGACUAAUUCAACUUUAGCAGCUGGGUCUGGUGCUGAUAAACUUAACGAGAGCUCGAUUGUCAUAGAUAUUGAGUCUGAUUCCGAUGAAAAUGAUUGCGGUAGACAAUUGCCAACUCAACCAAAGUUUACGACUUCAUCUUUUUCGACAUUUCUUACCCAAGACUACACAAAGCCAAAAAAAAUAAAAAAAGAUAAAAAGCGUAAGGAAAAAGUUCAAAACUAUUCAUUAAUACAUGAGACGUAUUCACAAAAAAACUAAAAAUUCUUUUAAAAAAUCAAGCGAUUUUAAUGACCUUUCUUUUAAAGACGAAAAGGCGACAAAACUGUUUCCCAAUGAUUCAGAAAUUUUAUCACUGUCAAAUAGCUCGAUGAGCUCGAUUUUAUCUGGAGAUGCCAUUUCCAUGUCUGCAAAUUCGCAAAAAAAGUGCCGCGCUUCAUGCGAUUUAACAUUUGCAGGCCGAUUCAAGACAGCGAAACAGGAUGUUACUUUAAAUCACGACAAUGACAAUGGCCCAAAAACUAAUUGUCAAAUUAAUGAAGUGGAGCAACCUAUUUUAAAGACAAUAUAUGAAGACUAUGUAAAUAAUGACUCGAGCACUUCGUGUAGUCGGCUGUCAUCAUUUGAAGAACGAAGCCAACAGAUUCACUUAAAAUCAUUUGUUGAACCAAACAAGCCAGAGCAAUUGCUGUCACACGAUAGUCAUAAGGCGGAUUUGCGCAAUGAAAAUCUUGCGACUGAAGUUCCAAAAAGGCGUGGACGAAAGAAAGGUUCAAAAGGCGUUGAUUCACUGAUUGCCAAAGAAUCUAGUCUGUCUCAACAAAUUUUUCUUGGAAGUGGGGUCAAGAAAGUGAAGACUACAAAAGAGCUUUUUAAUGAAAUACAGAGCCGUAAGCUUUCUUACAAUCGAAAUGUGGUAUAUUCUCCAGUAACUGCUAACAAAAUUUCAAAUGAUCCUAGCCAACGAAAUCGAGAAUCCUCCCGAUCUUUAAUACCUAGACCAACAUCAUCUUGCUCAGAAACAUCUAUGCAUUCACCUCAUAUAUUGGAAACUAAUUCAGCAAAUGUUUCUUUAAGUGGCAUCGAAUCUAAAUUUUCAAAUCUUAUUGAAGAUGUUGGAAACACAGAUAGUGAUACUAUAACAUCGGACCCAUCACACGAUAGCAUCAAGUCUGUCGAAAUUAAGAGAAGCACUUCGCUGGAAAGUAUCAGUAGCUUUAUUCAAGCUCCAUCAUCAUUUAAUAAUACAAUAGUAACCUCAAAAUUCAAUCAUUCAAAUGACGUGGCAAUUGAAUUAAUGCAGCUGGUUAACGGAUUAAGCACGCCACAAAGUGUUGACGAAACUGAAAAAUUAUACCAGGCUCAAAUAGUUCCUUGCACAUGUGUAAUUCACGAAGAAACAAAGUUUGUGAACGAAAGUCAGUCAAUAAGUCUGUUAAAUUCUGAAGAAGAAGAGCACGAAGCUAUUGAUGAUCAUUUCAAAACAUGUCAAAAAAAUGCUUUUGAUAGUCUAACGGUUAAACCCAAUGACAGAAUCGAAGAAGCUUCAAACUUGAUACCGCCGAAACCCAUCAAAUCAAUAUUUGAUUUAGAUUUCGACGAGGAGUACGAUCCGUUACACUCAAUGAUGAAAAACGUCUUAAAAGUCGAACCGACCAAAAACGUACAACAACAAAGUGAUACGGCCUAUAAUGAUAAUAAUAACGUUCAACAUGUUAGAUUACUCUGCGCAACUAGUCUCGCACAAAAUGCUGGUAAUAAUUUUGAUAAUGAUCACGAUAAUAAUAAAAAUGGUGAAAAGGUCGUAGAAACACUUUCGAUCUUCACUGUUAUUGAGAACCCAAACUGUGUUGCAAAACAGCGGUUCAUGAUACAAACAAACCAAGUUGCGAACUUCCACAUUAACGCAUUACACAAUUUUUACGUUCCAAAUAUUAAUGGUAAUUGGAAUAUUAUUGAGAAUAACUUGUCGCCGUCAAUCUUAAGGUCGAAUAUAUCAGAAGUGUUUCAACAACAACACAACUCGUAUUCAGUAAAAGACGGUACAGAUGUUGUUCCCAAGUAUGGAUCAUUAACAUAUGAUGAGCGCAUCCCAAAAGAAUUAAGUUCCUUGCAAUUCAAUAAGAAUUUUACAAGAAAAUUUCGAAAUUUUCGCAUAAUACCACCAUUUUUGGGUAUUGCAAAGUGCUUACCAUCUUGUCGACUGGCCGCAAAACGGGCAAAGCAUGGUGGAAUUAAAUCAUCGUUAAGCGUAAGCAUAGAAAAUUUGGAGAUGAUUAAAGAUAGUUCUAUGCCCUUGAAAGUAGAUAUUGAUGUCGACCAAAACAAAAAUCAGUGCUCUGCCGGAGGAAAUGUCAUGAAAUCUAGUAAUAAUAACAGCACAGUUCUCAGUUGCGAUCUACUUAAGUUCGCCAAUAACCAAGAAUCCGCUUGGAAAUCUGAUGGAAUAAGUUUAUGCAAUCAACAGACAACUUCAUAUAAAAUUGAACGUGAUCUUGUCGAAAGAAAUCGAAAAAAACGUAGAAAAUCAUUCAAACUAUUGUCAGCAACUAAUACAAUUAAAAAUGAAAAUGAAGAUAAUAUUAAUGAGCCCCUCAUAAAACGAAUUAAAAUUGCAGUGAAUGGGAAUGUUACCGCUCAGCGAGAGAUAUCAUUGCCAAGCAGAAGUAGAAACAACAAUAGCAGUGAAGAACCAGGUGAAUACAUUUCCACUGGCUCUAGAAACACUCAUCAAAAAAGUUCAGAUCCCAGUUUUAACGAUUUGGAUGAACAUGAAGCUUACACUACUCAAAGUCAUUCAUCAGUUGGUAGCAUUCCUGUGUAUGAGGAUGAUGGCAAUUUGGGAAGUGAAAACGAUGAUAAGAAUAGCAAUGAAGAGUAUGCAAUCGUUCAAAAGCCUAUGAUGAGUGGUAGUAAUAAUCACAAUCACAUCGUAUUGACAAUAAAAAAAACUCCCAACAAAAUGAAUUCCCCUGCAAGUUCAACGUCAACCACUUCGCCUAUUAAUGUCAAUUUUAACGUAGGAGUCGCUGCUUCUGACGUUGAAAUAGACCAUUUGAACAUCAUUAACAAUAAAAAUAAUGUGGUAUCUGAAAUGCUAUAUUCUCAACAAGAUUUUCAUAAGUUCUCCGUACAACCGCCUUCAUGCCGCACCAAUGAAACAAGUGAAUAUAACACUAGGAGAGUUUCAAAUAUACCACACGCAUGCCUUCAAAAGUUUUGUCGCAAUCGAUGUCAAUGUCGACGUUAUCAUUAUCGUCGUUCUCGAAAGCACCAAAUUAACCGAAAGGAGGAUACCAUAGAUUUAGAACUUAAACAUUUAUUCAAUAAUAAUAAUAGAACACGAUCAAUCCAAGCAAAAGUUAAACCGCACCGAAAAUUGUUCUUCUCUAAUGAAUUAUAUAGAGAAGAUAAUAUUGGAAAAAAAGAGCGUAUAAUGAAUUAUAGUAGCAGCAGUUCAAAUUGUGACGAAGAAAGCGAGCCUGAGCAUGCGGAAGCGAAAAAAAUUAAUACUGUUUUAACAAAAAAUGUUGAGAUAAAGCUUGAGACUGAUUCCACUUAUGCGGCAUCUAAAAGUAAUUUAAUAUCUGAAAAAUCUGGCCAUGAAGAUGAAGUAGAGUCUUGCUCAUCUUCUAGUGAUGAAUCAGUUAAGGAUGAGCUUUUGUACUUCAAUCAACAUGAUGAUGAUAGUACAAAACUCAAUAUAAUUAAAAGUAAAUCACCCUUAAAAAACAAUGGAAUGCUGCUAUCAUUCAAUUCAAUUUAUGGUAAUGAUAUUGAAGAUGUCACACGACUGGAAAUUAAGAAUUGUGAUGAUGUUAAUAGUAUAUGCUAUAAUAGCAAUAACAUAAGUUUAAUUGAACCAAGUAACUUAGAUUCUCUUACUAUGCCCAUUAGUAGUGAUGUACUAAACGGAUCAUCAAAUAAUGAUUCCCCAAAAUUUCCAAUAAGUUAUAAUAAUUCAAAUCAUAGGGUUCAACCACAUAUUGAAUAUAAAAAUGGUAUUCGAGCUAUUAUGAAAGAUGAUUCGAGUAUCUUCCAAAUACAGCAGUUUAAGGAAUGGCAUGAAGUUCUACAGUUGCAGUCUUAUAAUGAUGAACCAUUAAUAGUUUUGCCAUAUGUUGUGCUUGAAUAAGCAGUUUCCAUUUUAUUUAUAAAUCAAUUUGAUAUAUGAAAAAUUUAUGUAUUUUUUUACUAUUAACAUUAGAUAUUACUUAAACUCACAAUGGGCGACAGAUAUUCUACUACUAUAAUUUUAUUUUGUUUAGAUUGGUUAAAAUUCAUAAAUUAAUCAAAUUAAAAUUUGUUUUUGUUUAUUAAUAUGCAAAAGAAAAUAGUCUUAUAAAUAUUUUUCACAAUAAAAUUUGUUUUUAAAAAUGAACAUGAAAUUAUAUUUU